UCUGAGUAAGAUUAUGUCCAGGCAUGUACCAGUGUUUCACGCAGGGCUCAGUGAGUCACUGUCUGUCUUAUAAAGAGCUCACAGCAUCACUCUACUGAGAUGCUCAAUACUUUUCAUUGAGGAAACUCAACCUUUUCAGAAUCAUGUGUCGAAUAAUGGCUUCUCACAAGAUCCUGAUCACCCAGGGGAACGGCCCUACUCGUCGAGCUCUGUUUGGCCCAGUCGACCGCGAGCAGCUGCAGAGAGAGUACCAGGCUGCCCUUCGGAAAGAUUUGGAAGAGGCCUCGCACCGCUGGGGCUUCGAUUUCCUGUCAGACAAGCCUCUGGACAGCAGUGACUUCCAGUGGGAGGGAAUACCAGGAACCAAGGUGCCGCUGCUGUACAGAUCUUGCAUGUUUGGUCUGGGACAGGCUGGAGGUCGGAGGGUGGCAGUAGCAGCAGUUGCGCUCAAAGGUGGAAAGAUGGGGUCGUCGGAGAACGAUAAAGAGAACAUCCCCCAGACGCCAGAGAGAUGUGCUGAACUCAACCUUGAAAAAGUGGAGAAAACGCCAAAGAGAGGAGGGAACAGAGGGCUGAAGAGGAAGCAGACAAACCUUACAGAUUUCUAUCAGGCUAAAAAAAGAGUUGUUGAGAUGCCGCGGAAAUCUGGCGAGUGAUUCUAUUCGCAAAGGUGCCAAAACAUCAAAAAGAACCACACAGACACUCAGGAAAACAACACUGUGCACAGACUCUGCAGUUACUCAUCAGGGGGUCCUGUGCCAAGUGAUUCAUCCAACAACAGAAGGGACCUCAGCUACAUAUCUUCACUACGGUUAAUUAGGGUACUGUAUCAAUCCUGGGAUGGGGGGGGGGGGGGGGGGUUCCAGUGUUAAGAAGAAGGGGACAUUAAAGCUGAGAAGAUUAACAGUAAUCUCUCAGAUCAGUGGAUUUAUACUCAUUUGGAUCAUUGGGAUGCCAAAGUGUUGACUGACAUUUCCCACAUCCAUUAUAGGACAGGACAGCUUGCAUUCCACAGUGCUGAAAACACUCAAGUAUAGAAACAUGACGGAUGAAUAUAUUAUUUUACACACUUGAAACAUAUUCCACAUAUACGAAGGUUUGAAUCAUUCUGUCCUGAAAGUAAAUUAUGGAGUGUCUGCGGAAAUGGAUGAAGCUCUUUUUGCUCAUUUGUUCAAAUCCACAUUUUAUUUUGUUUUUCUAAGAUGUUUGUUCUUUCUGUGUAUAACAAGGGCUAGGAGUCUUUUUUUAUACAAGCACAUCCUCUACAAAGUGUUUUUUACUUUAUAUUUCCAGAUGUGCUGUUGUGUUUUCUCUACCAUCAUGUCCUCAUAGGAAAAUGCUUGAAAACUUGUGAUAUCAUGUACAUGCAAACGCUUUGCUUAGAUCCUUAAUGACAGAAGUGCCAUCAUGUCCUCUUCCAGUCCUUCCAUCUACUGUGUGUUCAUUCAUUUUCAGAGAAGAACUAAAAAAAAAAAAGCCCAGCCCAGACUGCCAUGUCAGAGUCAUGUAGUAUAGGUUAGGAGCAUCACACUAUGUCUAUAGAAAACUUAGAUUUAUGCUAUUUAGAUAUAUUUAGAGAUUUAUCCAUAUGAUUUAAAACAGCACUCUUAAGUAGCAUUAUUAUUAGAAAAAAUAACAAAAACAUUUUUGCAGUAUUGCACAAACAGAUGGUGUAAACAAAGCACCCAGUUUAAAGCCUUUUGGCAUGUGUUUUGGUAUUUGAAUCCCCAUUAAGGACAAUAAUGAGGAAGUGUUCUUAUAAGCAGUUCAAUUAUUAAGCUAAAUGUAAUCCCUUUAUUCUUUCUAUUUGGACACAUCGUGCAGUUAUUAUAGAAAUGCUGUUAUCUGCCUUCAGUAGCUAACUUUGUUUGUUCAUGACACUUAUUAACGUUUAUGUUGGCAUACCCCGCUGCUAUGGGUGACCUCAAUGGGUGUGGAACAAAGCUACUGUAAUGGGAACUGUCACAAACUCACAAGUUUAGAAAUAUUUUCCACUGUUAUUACAAAGCAUGGCACAUAUCAGCUUUACCCCAAAUGAUGAAUGCACUUCUGUUAACAGUUGCUUGUGCACAUGUCCUUUAUAUUGUUUUUUUUUUGCUAAAAGCUACAAAUGAAAAGAUCUAUUCUUAUUUAUUGUGUGAGACUGUGCCUUGUGUUAAUUUAGUUAUUUUGGUUCAUUUAAUUGUGGGAAUUAUAUAUAUUCCAAUAAAAUGUAUAAGUCGAUCUUUUUUUGUGGUGUUUAUUCUUUUUAGUCAUUCCUUUUAUCCAAGUUGGUGUGUGUGCCAGUAAAUAUGAUAAAUAGA